AUGGCGUUUCAAAUAUUGGGGAUAGCAAUUAUCGCCGCCGUUUUUGUUGUGCUCAAAGUACUCAAUGCAACGGAUACACCGAAAGUCAAAGGUAUCCCUGAAAUUCCUGGCAUUCCCCUCUUUGGCAACCUACUCCAGCUGGGCGUGGAUCACGCUCGGGUUGCGAAGAAUUGGGCAUUGAAAUACGGGCCUGUUUUUCAAGCUCGCCUUGGAAAUAGACGGAUUGUCUUUGUCAAUUCUUAUGAAGCAGUGAAGCAUUUUUGGAUCACUCAUCAGUCGUCUCUCAUUUCUCGCCCGACCUUUCACACUUUUCACUCGGUUGUCUCCUCAUCGCAAGGGUUUACAAUCGGUACUUCUCCCUGGGAUGAAUCUUGCAAGCGACGCCGCAAAGCAGCCGCAACGGCAUUGAACCGCCCUGCGGUCCAGUCCUACAUGCCAAUCCUUGACCUUGAAUCAACUAUGAGCAUCAAAGAACUGCUCAAUGACUGUAUGAGAGGCUCACAUGAUGUGGAUCCCAGUCCAUAUAUGGCACGGUUUGCGCUCAACACGUCACUGACCUUAAACUACGGAUUUCGCAUCGAUGGCAACAUCACCAACGAGCUUUUAACGGAAAUUACACAUGUUGAGCGCGAAAUCUCCAAUUUCCGAUCAACAAGCAACAACUGGCAAGAUUAUAUACCACUGAUGCGCAUGUUUAGCAAAACCAACACCAAGGCAGAAGAAUAUCGUCUGCGACGAGAUAAAUACUUAACCGACAUGCUUAAUGAUUUGAAGGAGAGAAUUGCGAAUGGCACAGAUAAACCAUGUAUUACGGGAAAUAUCCUCAAGGAUCCAGAGGCAAAACUCAACGAAGCUGAACUCAAGUCCAUAUGCCUGACAAUGGUAUCUGCUGGUUUAGAUACUGUGCCUGGUAACAUCAUCAUGGGCAUGGCGUAUCUUUCUACUGAACAUGGUCAGAGUAUUCAGGCCAAAGCCCUCGAAGCUAUCCAAGAAGUCUAUCCCGAUGGAGAUGCUUGGGAAAAAUGUCUUGUUGAAGAAAAGGUACCCUACAUCACCGCUCUAGUCAAGGAAACUCUUCGUUUUUGGACCGUCAUUCCAAUUUGUCUCCCUCGCAUGAACAUCAAAGACAUCCCCUAUGAGGGCUCUAUUAUACCCGCUGGAACAACUUUCUUCAUGAACGCCUAUGCAGCCGACUAUGAUGAAUCUCGGUUUAAACUCCCAGAUCAAUUCAUCCCUGAGCGAUUUCUGGAGGAUAAAGAGACUGGUACACCUCAUUACGCCUAUGGCGCCGGCUCUCGAAUGUGCGCCGGUUCUCAUCUUGCCAACCGAGAGUUAUAUACGGCAUAUAUUCGACUCAUCACGAGCUUCCAGAUAACCGCGACGAAAGAUUCCACGCAAGCCCCAGUUAUCCACCCUAUUGAUUGCAAUGGCACGCCCACUUCAUUAACCACUGAUCCAAAACCAUUCAAAGUUGGCAUGAAGCCGCGAGAUGAAGCCAAGGUCAGACAAUGGAUCGCAGAGGCAGAAGAAAGGACGAAGCAUCUAUAA